AUGGACGACCACUUCGUGCACGAGGGCGUCCUCCUCAAGAAGAUGCUCUUUGGCUGGCGCAGCUACUACUGCGUGCUGCGUGGGCGCAACCUCGAGCUCUACCACCCGCCCAAGCUCCCGCUGACCAAGCCACCGCCGAGCCAGAAGCCCAACCGCGUCCUCAUCAUCGACACGUACAGCACCGACUUUCGCCGCAGCGACCAGAUCGAAUUGGUCAAUCCCCGGGGAACGCGCCGCGCGUUCCGCUUCACGCCCGAUCAGCUGCUGCGGGGCGAGCGCGCGCAAUGGCUCUUGGCGCUCCAGACAGCAUUUCUCAUGGACAACGUCUGCACUGGCCAAGUACGGCCCCAACAUCUCGGAGCAGCUUCUUCGUACGCCAAGAAACAGCUCAGCGAGUUUGGGGUCGUGCGCAUGGACGACGGGAUACGCCAGACGCUCCGGAAGCGGUCGAUCCACGGCGACCUCUGGAAUCGGUUCCAGACCAUGGUGCACGAAGGCAUUACGAUCCAAGAGGUCGGCGAGAGCGGGACCAAAGAGUAUUUAUUGCGGGUCGACGACCCACCACGCGUCAUCUUGCUCUUGCCACUGCACGAAGACGCUUUCGAGUGCAGCGAUAUGCAGAGCAUUGAGCUCAGCAGUGUCAUUUCAGCAGCGUUCGUCAACUCGAGCGAUGCACUGCGGAGCCUCACGUGGUUCACACUCACGUGCCUCGCCGACGGCGCGACGUCCAUAGCGCGCACGUUUGACGCGCUGCGCACCGAAGUGCGCAGUCUUCUCGUCUUUGGGAUUUCGCAGAUUUUGCGCAACUUGCAGUACAGCCCCAAGCUCCAACUCCGGCGCCGCCUCACGCUGUCGCAACACGAGACGUCGUCCUCGGCCUUGCUCGCGAUCGAUAUGGAGUGCCAGCGCGACGCCGUCAUCCGCGGCUUCAACGUCAACCCGACCAAAGCCAUUGCGCAGGCGAUCGCAUCCGGUAUCAUGCGCGGCGUCAGCGUGCGGUCGCUGGCCGAUGCAAAUGGCUCCAUCGAGCGCUGCGUCGCACUCUUCCUUCGGCACACCAAAGGCCUCGACAAGGACAAAAUCGGCGAGUACCUCGGCAGCGACGACGCCUUCUGCUUGCGCGUGCUCCGGGAAUUUUCUCAGUGCUUUUCGUUCGUCGAGAAGCCCUUUGAGGCCUGUCUUCGCACCUACAUUGGCGCGUUUCGGCUGCCGGGCGAGAGCCAAAAGAUCGACCGUAUGAUGGAGGCGUUCGCGCUGGCCUAUGUGGCAGCCAAUCCGAGUGUCUUCUUGCACCACGACGCAGCCCACAUCCUCGCCUUCUCGACCAUCAUGCUCAACACGGACGCGCACAACCCGUCGAUGCGCAAGCGUCCACGCAUGACCCGCGACGAGUUUUUGCGCAACAACCGCGGCAUCGACAAGGGCGGCGCCGACGUACCGGCGCCGAUCCUCGAAGCGAUCUACGAUAGCAUCAAGAGGCAACCACUGCUCACGGUCCGCGACCGCAACGACAAUGGCAAUCUCUUCUCGAACCCGGCGAUGGCGGGCUGGCUCAAACCGUCCAAGUUCAACGGCAAGUGGGCGUAUUUUAUCCUCUCGACGCACUGCUUGUACUUCUUUCUUGGGCAAGACGACGUUGAUCCGAUGGGCUUUUUCGCGCUCGAAAACGUCGUCGUGCGAAGCGACCGGCCGAGUCAGUUUACGCUGCAAGCGGCGACGCCAGCACACAAGAUUAAGGGCGUGACGUAUCCCGCGACGACGACGUCAACAAAAACGCUUGCGCACAAGAUGUACGCAGCUCUGACCUUCCACGCGGACGGCCAAGCCGAGUGCGACGCGUGGGUGACCAUCUUGCGACAGAACGUGCUCGCGUCGCAACAACGCGCGGUGCCACCGACGCGGCACUCGGACAGCGUGCCCGAGUCGUCUUACUCGGUGACGAGCCGCGCCCAGCUGCAGCUCCGCUCGUCCUGGUCCCUCGGUAGCGCCGAGGACGAAGAGUCCAAACACAAUGAAGACGACAGGGCGAUGGUGCCCUGCUCGCCCCGCCAGUUUACGAGCAUGGCGUAG